AAUGCUGUCAAAGCAUCAAGGGAAAUGUACAAAACUAGUGGAGAUAGGUGUAAUAAAUAUAUUAAAAAAGGACAGCUACAUACACCAAUAAGUGUCUUAAGUGAGUGAAAGCUCAUAGGUCAGAAAAGGGUAUGUGCGCUCCUCAAUGUAACAACAUAGAAGUAGAACGAUAAAAAAUAAAAAGGACAAGUUUAUUGAUAUAUAAAACCAUGCAUAUAAAUCCUAAAAAUAGUACUAAAUCUGAAUAUAAACGUCACCAUACUGAUCUAAUUCUUGUCUGUUAUGAGCUUAUAAAGGUGAUAAAGAACAAUAUGUGUAUAUAUAGAGUGUAUAAACAGGCACCGAUAGAUAAAUACGGUACACCAAAUAGCAGUGUAUUUCUUAUCAAGGGAAAUGUAGUCUAAAACAUCUGGAGUGCUGAAGGGUGCCUACACCUGGCAUAGGGUGUGUAAGUUGAAUUAUAUGCCUUUGUUGUCAUUCUUGGAGAGUCUGUGUAUGUAAUGCUGAACUAUUAUAUGCCUUUUAUUUGAGUUAGAUAAAGUAUUGUUACUUCAGCCGAUGUUCCUGACCUAGGGCAUUAGUGUGUAUAUGCUUCUUGUUCUGUGACUACCCAGUAAUUUUUCUUUAGUCUAAGUUGAGCCUGUAACUCCCAAGGUUGUAUUUCCCUCUGUUAAAGGGACACUCCAGGCACCCAGACCACUUCUGCCCAUUGGAGUGGUCUAUAAACUGCAAUAAUUACCUUGCAGGGUUAACUCCACCUCUAGUAGCUGUCUAGUAGACAGCCACUAGAGGCUGUCUAGUAGACAGCCACUAGAUGGCACUUCCUGGUCUCUAGCACAGGAAACCUGGACGUCCUCACGCUAUGUGAGGACCUCCAGCGUCGCUCAUUUCCCCAUAGGAAAGCAUUUUCAAUGCAUUUUCAAUGCUUUCCUAUGGGGAGCGCUAAUGCGCAUGCGCAUUAGGUCUCCCCGGCCGGUGUGCGGGAUCAGUCUCGCCCACCGGCCGAUGCAAUCAGAGGAAGGAGCGGCGCGGAGGAAGAAGCAGCGACGUGGGACAUCGUCGCUGCCUCAGGUAAGUUACUGAAGGGGUUUUCACCCCUUCAACAACCAAGCAUUGGGGGGUAGGAGGGAGAGGGAACCUGCAGUGCCAGGAAAAUGGAUUGUUUUCCUGGCACAGGAGUUUCCUUUUAAACCGAUACUUCUGUGAUUGUCUCUUCUAAAUUUUAAUAUCUUGUUUACAUAAUAUUAUUGUAUAAUGCUUCUUUUUGAGACUUAAGGUUACAACAAACAUAACAUAAAAAUUCCGUAAUAACCUUAUAUAAUAAAGUGGUAUAAAGAAUAUAUAUAAAUGAAAGACAAUGGAUUUAAAUACUAUGCUGGCUGUGCAUUUAUAUUCCAAACACCAUUCCUACCGAUUACCAGAUCUGCUCAUCCAAAGUGGUUCGUCAUAUUCUGAGUUCCACAUCGGCUAAAGAUUUGCUUCUGGAUUGCUAUUUGUGGAUAUUUCUCCAUAUGUAUAAGGUAAGAAGACCUAAACAAAUAAUAUGCAAAAAUGUAAUUAUAUUACGGAGAUCUUUCCUUUGCUUUACUGUUCUACCACUGUUUAGUACCUAGCUUAGUGUGAUGCAAGUCCAGCCAUGUACCAAAGGUCAAUGCCACAUUGAGGAGACAGUGGGUAUUUUAAAUUUUUAUGCGGGACACUGUAUGUGUGCUGAAUAAACUAUAUAACAGUGGUUCCCAAACUUUUUAGGUUCAAGGCGCCCUUAAUAUUUCAGUAUUUUUCCAAGGCACCCCAAGUCAAAAUUUCAAAGUUGUAUAUUUCUACAUUUACUGGCGCUAUAGUGUAAUGUACAGUGUUGGUGUUUGAAGGGGUGCUUGUAUACAUUUAUUGUGUUUUAAUACAGGGUGUGUUUGUAUGUGAUGUUUGCAUUUGAUUGCAGGGAUGUGUCUGAAUGUAAUGUUCACUUUUAAAUGUGGAUGUACAUUUGUGUAAAGUUUGUGUUUGAGUGAAGGGGUGUGUUUGUAUAUUUUAUUUUUUAGUUUGAAUGCUAUUUAUUUGUGUUAGAUUGCAGGAGUGUGCUUGUAUGUUGUGCUGGUGUUCGAUUUUCGCAUUCAGCGUCACAGAAGCGCCUCUAGCAGCUGUCACGAAGACAGCCACUAGAGGCUGGCUUAACCCUGAAUGUAAACAUAGCAGUUCUCUGAAACUGCUAUGUUUACAUAGAAACAUAGAAUAUGACGGCAGAUAAGAACAUACUGAUUAUAACAGUGAGGCUAUAAUAUCUUCUUUUAUUUGUGUUUUAAAGACAGACAUUGAGUACCAGAGGAAGUUAUUUGAUCGUGUAGCAAAAAGUUAUGUUCAUCUUCUCAAUUUAUGCCUGAACUCACGCAAUGGGGAGGCCUUCCUAAAUGUAAGCAUUACGUCUGUUCUGUCCUGAAUAUUUGUGUUUUUAAAAAAGAAAUUAAAAAAAAAACCUCUUAAAUGUAAUCGCUUAAGGCAAAACUGUUACUGUCAAAGGGACUCUAUAGGCACCCAGACCACUUCAUCUCAUUGAAAUGGUUGGGUGUAGUGUCCCUGUCCCCCUCAGCCCCCUAUCAUUAAAGGACCACUCUAGGCACCCAGACCACUUCAGCUUAAUGAAGUGGUCUGGGUGCCAGGUCCAGCUAGGGUUAACCCAUUUUUUCAUAAACAUAGCAGUUUCAGAGAAACUGCUAUGUUUAUGAAUGGGUUAAGCCUUUCCCCUAUUUCCUCUAGUGGCUGUCUCAUUGACAGCCGCUAGAGGCGCUUGCGUGCUUCUCACUGUGAUUUUCACAGUGAGAGCACGCCAGCGUCCAUAGGAAAGCAUUAUGAAUGCUUUCCUAUGUGACCGGCUGAAUGCGCACGCAGCUCUUGCCGCGCGUGCGCAUUCAGCCGACGGGGCAGAUCGGAGGAGGAGAGGAGGCAGAGAGCUCUCCGCCCAGCGCUGGAAAAAGGUAAGUUUUUACCCGUUUCCCCCUUCCAGAGCCGGGCGGGAAGGGGACCCUGAGGGUGGGGGCACCCUCAGGGCACUAUAGUGCCAGGAAAACGAGUAUGUUUUCCUGGCACUAUAGUGGUCCUUUAACAUUGCAGUGCUAAGACUUCUUCCAGUAAAAGGUAAUGAUGGUCCAGGCACUCAAGUUCAAUCCAUUGGGCAGAUUUAUUGAAGCAGAAUCAAAACAACAUUUCUGCCCACAACAGGGCCUUUGUCAAACGCCCUGUUGUGGGUAGAAACUUUGUUUUGAUUCUGUCUUAAUAAAUCUGCCCACUGGAUUGAACUGGAGUGCCUGGACCAUCAUUACUUUUUCUGCAAAUCACAUUGUGAGGAUUGGCCAACCUCAGACCCAGUUGCACCCUGGGAUCCAGGAGAGUGCGGUAUCCAUAUUGGUAAUUAAGACUUCUUCCAGUGGAGGUUUACUAGACAGCUUCUAGAGGCAUUUCCUACUGUUUUAUGCAGUUUGAAUCAUUGAAACAAGGCUGGACAUGCUCAUGCUAUGCAUGAUAACAUCCUGCAUCUUCAAAUCCCAAUGCUUUCCUAUAGGGAAGGGCUAAUGCUCACGGCACUCACAGUACCUGCACAUUAGGUUCCCCCUCAGAGCUGACGUCAGAGGAGAUUUAGCCAGCAACAAUGGACCUCAAUGCUGGACUAAUGUAAGUGAGAAAAAGGGUUUUUUAACCCUUUAACUGUUGUGAGGGGGGUGGACUUUCUAUUCCUAACGCUAUAGUGUUCAUUUAAUUAAGCAGUUUUGAUGUACAGAUCAUGCCCCUGCAGUUUCACUGCUCAGUUCUAUACUUUAUUUACUAAAUCACCAAUUUACUAAAGGUACUAUCAAGAACUCCCAAGAUUCUCUUUAAACGGAUUUUGGUUAGUAACUCGUAUACCUCCAUCUGAGCCCAGGUAUGCCAUUUGUUUCCAAAAGGAUAUUGAUGGACUCAUUGACUAUUUACAAUAAACUGAUUUAUAGAGAGGCGCUUAAAGGAAAAUUAAAAUGUUACUUAAAAGAUAAAGAGAAAGGGUGAAAACAUAGGAAACCUAUUAACCUAUAAUAAUCAUUAAAUACAAAAAAGAACAACAAUACAUUCACCAUAUUCUAUAGUCCAACAUAAUCAUGGACUUGACAAUAUUUCAAUAUAUCAGGUCAACAAAUACCAAAAUCAUAAGUCUUUGUGCAAUAAGAUUUGCUCACAGAUUAUACGUUUUUUUUGUAGAAGAUACCUAGAUAGUCUUUUAAAGUUCAUUGAUCAUCAUGUAAUCCACGAUUCUGGCUUAUUUCCACAGAAUUUAAAUGAAUCCCGGUAUAUAAAAGUAAAACAUACAAGAAAAAUAUAUGUUAUAAGGUAUCCAUUUUUUCUUCAUCAAAAACACAGAAUCAAUAUUACAAGGUUUGACUUUUAUUAAAACAUACUUCUAUAAAAUACCGUAGAUGCAAUUUAUAAAAUACAUAUGUAUAUGCAAUAAGUGUUUAUAUUUAGAGACAGAAAUAUAUCGACAAAUAACAAUUUAGUGCAGACCUUAUCCAGAUUGCUCGGCAUCUUGAGUGUAUGUAGGUUAAAUCUGCACCAGGCUUUGUAGAAGUCUUGUGUGGACUGGAUGCCAGUAGUGGGAUCGGCUCCUUUCCAAACACGUUUCUCCGCUUUGGCGGCUUUUUCAAUGGAAAUAUUGUCAAAUUGGUUAUAGAAAGUCUAAAUUAUUUUUGGACUAUAAAGAAUAGAAAAUAGGGUGAAUGUAUUGUUGUUCGUUUACUAUUUAGUUAGACAAAUAAUAAUUAAUUGAGUGUGGCUAUUCUAUACAUACAUAUCUUCCAGAUCUAUUGUCCACUUUGAAAAUUCACCUUGAAUUCUCACUUCAGUGAGUAACUCUGUUUGGAAACCUAUUUCAAAGGUGAUGUUUAAAAAAAAAAUAAAAAAAUAAAAAGUUUGCUUGGCCAAAUCUUCAACGCAUGUAUUUAAAUUAUAAAAUAAUAAAAAAAGCAUGUAUUUAAAUUAUAAAAUAAUUUUUAAAAAUGUCUGUAUACAGCAUUUCCCCCCCUCUUUUUAACCAGGUCUACCCAUCACUUCUAAGCCAGGCUAUAUACAGUGGGUUUUGCUGCUCUUUCCCCCAGUCUCUGUACCAGUUCCAGUCAGAUGACUUUAAAACUGAGCUGUGCGAUCUUAUCUGGCAAUGGAUUGCAGGUGAGAGAUCAUACUCCCAGUCCCAAACAGUAGUUAUACUAUUUCAGCAUUAGCAUUCCAAAUAGUUUGGAAUUAAACAUACUGAAAUUAGUAGCAUUGUGUAAUAUAUUUUGACAUUGAAAUGAAUAGCAAGUUAAUUUACAUUAAAAGAAAACUGUAAUUAUUUUAAUAUAAUAAUACAAUACUAUUUAAUAUACUGUAGAAGUUAUACUUCUUUUUAGAGCAUAUCUUGUCUUAUCUUACCUCUUGAAAAAUUAGGGUUUUUAACUGUUGUGUGAUAUGGGUCAAAAGUCAGAAAAUGUUAAUUGGUUACUGAUGCUAGAUUGUAAUGAAUGCCUGUCAGAUCAAAGUGUUGCUGUGUUUUGUUGCUGGGCCAAACUACCUACUAGCAGUUGGAAAAACCUACAUUUAUCUAUGCAAUACACUUUUAAUGCAAAUAUUGCAUAUGUUCCUGUUUGUCCAUUUACAUUGUUAUCUUUCUAAGGUAUUUACCCCAGUCCAGGAAUCUACAGCAAGUGGGACUAUGGUUCUUUGGAACCAAAAGCUGAACUGGCUCAUGGGACGGAAAAGCAAAAGAAAGGUGAAUAAUUUGUCCGAAAAAACACAAAAAAAACAAUAAGGUGUUGAUAAACUCUGAAGAUCUUUGUAGACAGAAACUUAAUUUAAGAAGAAGAGAAAUAGGAUGAGUUACUUUCCAAGUUUCCAUUUUCUGUAGGAAGUUUAUUCCUAAAUAUUACACAGAUCCUGUUAAAAUCAGAACUUUGGAAAUAAUUUGUAAGGGGAUCCAGCUAUUUCCAUUCUGGUACAGUUUACACAAUUAUUUUGAUACAUAAUACCACAUUCAUAAUAGCACAGUUUUGAAAACUCUCUGCACAUAUUGCAAUGGAUAGCUUUGUUAUGUAGGUCCCUAGACAAUCAUUCUGAUAUGCAUCAACCCAUCUUCCGGUUACAUUUAAGAUAUGAAAACACAUAAUACAAUUGUUGUUGACAAAUACUGUUUUGAUAAUUCAGAUGUGACUAGUUAAAAUGGCAUGCAGUCAAAGCAAUGCACAUGUAGAAUCUCUGCAAUCUAUUUAAUCAUCCACAAUUUCUACCUGAUUUUUGCAGGAUUCACUUAUAAUAAAGGUGGAAAGAAGCAAAUGAGAAAAUCGUUUAAAAGGUUGUCAUCACGGAAAAUAUGCCCAGCUAAAGAGGUAAAUAAAGAUAAAUAUACUGGUGUUUGUGUACUUAGAGCUGCUACUUCCUUUAGUGCAUAAUUAAACUUGAUCACACAAAAACCCUUCAAAAUAGACUCUGUAGCAUCAAUCCUGACAAGGAUGGCAAGAAUAUCCUGCACAGGGAAGUGCAGGAAGACAUCCACUAGAAGUUACAACACUUACUUAAAAAUAAAGUCACUGCACACAGACCAAUUCAUUGAGUGAAGUGGUCUGGUUGUCUAUAGUGGUUCUUUAACAAAUUAUGUGAUGACAAUAGCACCAGUAAAUUAAUUUCAAAUAUCAAAUUUAUUUUACCCUAAUUACCAGCAGUGAUGCAUAAUGCAUUCAUAAAUGUUUAAGACAUUUAGUAUUGUGUGAAAUUGUCAUAUCUAUUUUUAGGCUCCUUCAGUAUGUUCUGGUCCAAAUUUUGAAAAGAAACUCUUUAACCUGAAUGGUCACAGCCCACUGAUCCAAUAUCACCUUCGGAAUCUAAAAGCUGAACCUCGAGAUGGACUGGGCAUCUUAGUACGAAGAACUGAAAUCCAAAAGCUCAAUUCCAUACUAGUACAUCCACACCUCUAAAAAAACCUAUUUUAUCAUCCUCAAUAUUGUAGAAUUCAGUGAUGUGUGUCACCAAAACAACUGUAACUGUUGCUGGUAAUUAAAAUACUUUUUACACUGUUUUUUGUAUUUGACACUGUUGUUUCAUCAAAAACCCUUUUACAAGGGGAUGUAGCUUUAAGGGUAUGAUAAUGGCUGCCUGAUCUAUGGUAAUAGUACCUAUUAACAUUGUUGGAAUUAGGGCUCCAACUACUGAUUAUUUUCAUAAUCGAGUAACCCCUUAAGGACGCGUGAUGGAAAUUUUCCAUCAUGCUGAUCCCACCCUUAAGGACGCAUGACGGAAAAUAUCCGUCAUGCAGUAUUUUUCCAGCAGGGUCUAUUACCUUAAUGGUAACUAUGAGCCCCAGGUAUCAUUUGAUUCUUGGGGUUCACGUGUCUCACCUGGGGCCAGAAUUAGUGGCCCCAGACUGACCGAUGCUCUGUUUGCAGUGCUCAAAGUGAACGCUGCAAAUAAGCAUUUAAAUGGGGAUUUAAAUCCCCACUAGUAGAAUUUGGUGUGAUCAGGGUUAAAUCCCUGCUUACACAAGGGAGUUCCAGGUAUCAAUGGAAACCUGGGGCUCCCCUCUAUCAGCUGGGGACAUGUUUAGUGACCCCAGCCUUUUUGAUGAGC